AUGACUGCGCGCGCCACAGAAUGUGUGUGCCGAGGCUUUGGCAUUGUAGGGAGCGGCGUAUUUCUCGGCAUGACGCUUUCCGUCUCGAGCGUGACGUUGCCCAUGAUUCUCCGCCAGCGGACCAUCAAGCCGCGCGAGCGCGUCGAGCUGUUCAAAGAUAUGUAUGAGCUCACGGUAGCGCGCUGGCUUCCUAUUGGGGUCCUGGCCUCGCUGUCGUACUUUGCUGCUGCGUACUUUGCGCCGGCGCACAGCGGUCGUCAUGCAAAGAGUGUGCUGUUUGCCGCUGGCGCCGCGAUGAUUUCGAUAGCGCCAUGCACCCUGCUGUUUGUCAUGGAACAUGUGACGAAGCUGAAAGGGUACUUGAAGCUGGCAGACAGUGCGUUCCCUUCGAACGAGGAGGUGCUUACGGCGCUGCGCAGGUGGGGCCGUAUGCAUGUGACAAGGACUGUCUGUGCGGGCGCUGCGUUUGCACUGGGCUUGUACAAUUUGAUGUCGUAA